UCUUAGACCACGCCACCCAUGUCAAGAAAUUUAGGGACCCUCUAAAAUAUGUUUUAGUUGUAAUGUUGAACAGCUGUCGCUUUUGACAGUACAGUAGCGACCACAAAGACAAGAGUAAUAUAAAAUAGUCAUGGAUAAAAAUUUGAAGGAUUUAUCUGUUUUAUUUUAGACGGGCGGAUCAGUUAUUUGUAGUUACCACAGUAGUUUUUUCGAGCUAAGCUACAGAACGUGGGUCCCUAACCAUGACGGGGCGAUGACGCGGAAAGCUUAGUGGCGCGGAGAUGAUGCGUAAAAAGCGACGAUCCUCUGUGGAUAAAGGAGCAGCAGCGGCUAUAGCCACUAAGGCGAAGAAGAGCCGCAGCACUGGACGACAGCCCAAGGACGAUGCUGCAGAGCUGACCAAACAAGGCGUAUUUGCUGUGUUUCUGAGAGAUGCCGGUGUCACUUUGCAACAAGGUGGCACAUCCAACGAAAUAGCUGUUGACCAAGUGGUUUUCCAAAAACGGAUACAGCAACAGUUGCUCAAGAAUCCCACGUACCCUGGAAUUGUACAGGAAUUCAUGACUGGAUUAGAGACUCAUAUUGAGGAUCCUGAGAGAUUUAGGAACUGCCUCCUCCCAUGUGUUCCACAUCUGCCUGAUGCAGAGACCAGCUCAUUCCAUGAAAGUGUACUACGUAUGCUGUUGGGAAUUGAGAUGCUGCAGACUUUUAUUAUUAACAUUCUGCUUGAGAAGCUCCCUGAAUUUAUGUUGGAUGGUACUGCAGAUGGCGGACUCAGUAUUCCACACAUAAUUAUUAACCAGCUCAAAUGGCUUGACCGCAUUGUGGACAGCAAGGAGUUGUCAGCAAAACUCAUGGAGCUGGUGUCAGUAGCACCAGUGGAGGUUCAGCGUGACAUCAUCACCAGUUUACCAGAGAUACUGGAAGACUCCCAGCACAACGACAUAGCCGGCGAGCUGAACACUUUACUCCAGGAGAACACUCAGCUGACUGUCCCCAUACUGGAUGCCCUCUCUAGUCUGAAUAUCAGUUCCUCAUUACUAACUGAGGUUCGUGGAGGGGUUAUGUCCAGGUUGGCUGCAUGUAACCUGGAGGACUUACCUGUGGUCGUCAAGUUCAUCCUUCACUCUGUCUCAGCCCCUGAUGCAUAUGAGGUGGUGUGUAAUCUGCGUAAAAAGCUGGAACUGGAGCAGUGUGUUCUUCCCCCGGUGUUACAGGCUUCUCAGAGCCGCAGGAAAACCAAAGGCGCAGCACUGGCCACUUCUACACCAGCAGCUGGCAGCAGCCAGGACAGCAUCAACUUGACACUGGAUGGCAUCAAGUCAGCAGUGCGAUUCCAAAAGAUAAUUUCAGAGGCUUGGCUGAAGGCAAUAGAGUCUGUGGAUGACGUAGAGGACCAUAAGGUGAUAGAUUUACUAGUCCUGUUAAUCCUACAUGCUACAAAUGCCAACCAAAGUCGACGAGGAGCAGAGAGGGUGCUGAAGGUUAAAGUGAGGACUGGACUGAUCCAGGACACUCUGCUCCAGAGGACCUUCAGAGACUAUUCCCAGGUCAUGCGUGGGUAUUUUCCCUCCAUCUUGGCUCUGGCUCAGACUUUGCUGCGCUCCCCAGCCUGCGUGUUUCCGUUUGGAGGACACAUGUACCGACACUCAUUUGUUGUAUUUGAUUCUUACUGCCAACAGGAGGUGGUGGGCUCUUUAGUGACCCAUGUGUGCAGUGGGGUGGGCGGGGAGGUGGACAUGGCGCUGGAGCUGCUGUGUGGCCUAGUUACAGAAAAGCCUUCAGAAAUGGCUCUGUAUGCUAUUUUUGUCAAGGGAAUCCUCGACUAUAUGGACAACCUUACGCCCCAGCAGAUCCGCAGACUCUUCCAUCUGCUCAGCAUGCUGGCAUUUGGGCAGCAGCAGCAAGGCGCUCACAUCCAGGAUGACAUGCACAUUGUGAUCCGCAAACAGCUGUCCAGCACCGUGGCCAAGUACAAACGAAUCGGCAUCAUUGGUGCUGUUAUGAUUGUAGGCAGCAUGGGAGCCUUAAGGGCUGGGAAAGAGUCACAGAAUGGAUCAUUGCCACCGGAGACCUUAAGACAGGUGACAGCCCUGAUGGAGCUGGUGAAGUCGAGCAGUGAAAGCUCACCUGAGUCUGCAGCUCUGUACUAUGACGAACUGGCCAAUCUGAUCCUGAACUCCACCCUGGACUCACAGGUUCAGGAAUAUAUUGGAAAAAGUGUCCUAGAUGACUUUCAGGAUGACUUUGUGGUCGAUCUGGGUCCAGAAAUAACUGGCUCCUUUCCUUUUCCGGCCCGUGUGAUGUACAACCUGGAUGAGGAGGAGAGUCAGGGUGGCAUUGCCAUCAACCUGCUGCCUCUGUUGACCAAAGAACUCCAAAACAAAGGAGAGCAACACGGUCAAAGUAAGACUCACAGGCGUGUGUCUCCUCUCUGCCUGUCACCAUUUUUUCGCCUGUUGAGAUUAUGUGAGGAGAAACAACACCAGGGAGAUCUAGAGGAGAUUGAUGCCCUGCUGGGUUGCCCUCUGAUCCUGACAGACAUGGACGUAAUAGAGAAGAUUGAGAGCCUCUCUAAAUUCGAGAGGGAGUUCCUCUGUACUUUGCUCUUUCACACCAUCAACUGGUUCAGAGAGGUCAUAAAUGGAUUCUGUAGACAAAAAGAAGCCGAGAUGAAGAUGAAGGUCAUGACUCGUCUACAGAACAUAACCUACCUCCAGACAGUGUUGGAGAGGGCUUUGACAGCAUCUCCUGGAUAUGUUCCACCUGUUGCUAACUUUGAUGGAGAAAGCACAGAAGGAGUUGUACUUAACUUAAAUGCUGCGAAUAAGUCAAAGAAAGAUGUCACAGGGAAGAAGAGGAAAGCACCUUGUAAGAGCACGUCAGAGGGCGGCUCGCAGGUGGACGAGACGAAUGGAGCCGAUGAAACGCAGCAGGAGCAGUCAGAGAAGGAGAAAGAGAAGGAGUCGAGGCAAGGGGUCAAUCUGGGGUCGUACAGACAGUUCUUCAGAGAGCUCGACAUGGAGGUGCUUAGUGUGCUGCAGUGUGGACUGCAAUCUCGCUCACUGCUGGACUCUGAGCUCCAGGUGCAAGCGGAGGUUCUGCUGGGUCCUGCUGAACUGGUUUUCCUGCUGGAGGAUAUGCUUCGCAAACUGGAAUUUAGUCUCACAGCUUCCCCUGCCAAGAGAGCUCCGUUCCUCAGGCAGGGAAGGAUGUCAAAGGGCGUUGGGUUCUCUCAUCUGCAACAAAGGAGCUCUAAGGAUGUUGUUUCCUGCUGUGUACAGCUGCUGCCGGCCCUCUGCUCACACCUAGAAAACUGCCACAACCAUUUCCAGAUGCUGCUGUCUGAAAACAACGGCGUUGUGGAUGGACCUGCCACCGAUGUGCAGGAGCAUCAGCUGAUGUCAUUGAGCUAUCAGCUGCUUCUGCAGGUUCUAAACACCACCUUCAGCUGGUCUGGAUUCAGUCAGCCAGGUCAGCGAAGUUUACUGAAGAAAGCUCUGGGAGUUUUGGCUGGACGACUCAAAGAAGGAGGAGCUGAGAUGGCCCUGGAGCAACUUAUUAAACACAGCUUUGAGUACCUCGUAAACUUCCGCAGCACAGUGCCGAGUCUCAGCACAGCUCUGUGUCUCUCCCAACUUUUGUCCACUGUGUCAGGAAAAGGAGGGAACCCUGCUACCUACAGGGAGCAGACCGCGUCCCUAGCAAAACGUUUCCUGGGCCAAAGCUGGGUGACCGCCAGUGGAGAGAGGGAGCGAGGAAACAAAUUCAACGAAGCCCUUCAUGCUCUCCUAAGCAUUUACCUGGAGCAUGUUGAUGAUGUGCUUAAGGCAGUGGAAGAAAUAGCUGGAGAGGGAAUUUCUGAGCUGCUCAAUACUUCAAAAGAUGAAAGCUCUUCGUCAUGGCCCACUCUCAGCAGGCACACUAUCCUGGUGUUUUAUAAAGUUAUGAUGGCUGAACUGGAAAAAACUGUCAAAAAGAUUCCUGCUGGCAAAAUGAGUGACAGCCCUGAGGCUCAGAGUGAGAAGCUGCUGACGUGGAACCUGGCUGUCAGAGAUUUUCACAUUCUGGUCAACCUAGUGAAGGUGUUUGAUUCUAGACACGUGCUUAAUGUGUGUCUAAAGUAUGGUCGCCUUUUCUUGGAGUCUUUCCUGAAGUUGGGGAUGCCACUAUUGGACUACAGCUUUAAAAGACACAAGGAGGAUGUGCAGAAUCUACUGAAGACCUUCCAACUUAGCACCAGGCAGCUACAUCACAUGUGUGGUUAUUCAAAGCUUCAUCAGGAUACAAGUCUGACCAACCACGUACCAGCUCUAAAGAAGAGCCUCGAGCUAUUUGUAUACAGAGUGAAGGCCAUGUUGAUGCUCAACAACUGUCAGGAAGCAUUUUGGAUGGGGAACCUGAAGAACCGCAACCUAAAGGGUGAAGAGAUUCUGUCUCAGAGGUCAGAAGGAAGUGACGACGAUGAUGAUGAGGAGGAGCAACAUUCACCACAGCUUCAGGAACAAUCAGAAGAUGAGGACCAGGAGAGUGGCUCUGAAAGUAAAGACGUUACAGGAAGACAGGCAGAUGUGCAUCAAGACGACAGCUCAGAGGACUCAGAGUAACACUUCUUAAAAAGUACAAUAAAAUAAUUUCCGUUCUUUUGAUUUUUAAUUAUAAUGUUCAGAUACCAUUCAUGAAUAAGCUUUUACGGUUUUGAAUGUCUGUCUUUUUGUCUUUUGCCUUGAACACUUUCCUAUUCUGACGUGUGUUAGUUAUAAAGUUCAAGCAUAUUCAAAUAUUUAUGUUUGACGUUCAUUUUGUGUUGAUGAUAAAACAUGCCUAAUAAUUAGGUGUGUCAUGGUUUGACAACUCUGUUUUAAAACACAUAUUGUUUGGUGACCUCAAUAAAAUGUGUAUUGUCGA